AUGCCAGCUACAACAGUAUUAGCUAUGCACUCUGCUGGCUCUUGCUGGUCCUUUGCCGAUCACCCCGAUAAGAUUCUGGAACAUCGAAGACUCAUCCAUCAUAACAUGCCUCUCAUUCAUUCAUUGCGAGCUUCUCUUGUCUUCUGCCAUUCACGAAACACGCCCUGACUUCUUCUCUUUCUUCGCUUUUCCACCACUCCUCUCUAUUCACACAUUCUCGAUUUGUUUCAUUGUGUUUUUUGUUCACUCGGCUUGGUUCCCUCAUCCCUACGACUUGCUCUCCCUGCAAUCGUACCAUGUUCUACUAGUUUCUUUGCUCCAUUCUGAGACAGCACCACAUUCUCCGACGGCAUCACAACGAACGCCCACUCGCAUACGUCCGCUGCAAUGUCCCGAGUUCGAGCUGUGCUUGAAGCGCGUGAGACGUCUACAACAGAUGAGUUCCUGUCUCUCAUCGCAAAUCCCUUUAAUAGUGAGCUUCAACAAGAUGCUCUCCUCGUAUCUCUUGCCACCUCUUUGGGUGUUACCGUCGCCAUCGCACUCCUCUUCUGCUUCAUACGACCCUACAACACCGUUGUGUAUGCUCCAAAGCUCAAGCAUGCGGAUGCAAAACAUGCACCCCCCGUACUGGGAAAAGGACCCUUCGCCUGGAUCAAACCAGUCUGGAAAACAACAGAGGAGGAGCUAAUAGAGAAGAUUGGCUUUGAUGCUACGCUAUUUCUACGGUUUACAAGAAUGUGUCGGAACAUGUUCAUCGUUCUGACGAUUAUUGGCUGUGCCAUAAUCAUUCCAGUCAACGUCGUGGGUGGGAAGCAGACUGCAGAUGCGUUCAGCUCGCAGAUCUCGACAAUAUAUCGCCUGACGCCACAGUACAUGUUUGGGGCUCCGUUCUGGGGCUUUGUGGCUAUUGGAUAUUGCCUGACUGCAAUAGUCUGCCCAUUCUUAUGGUGGAACUAUCGUGCUGUUGCGCGCCUGCGACGAAAGUAUUUUGACAGUCCAGAGUACCAGAACAGUUUGCACUCUAGGACGAUUCUUGUCACCGAUAUUCCCCAGAGCCUGCGCAAUGACGAUGGUGUAAUCAGUCUUGUUGAUUCGGUCAAAGCCACGUCGAGCUUACCCCGGACUACCAUUGCAAGAAACGUAAAGGAAAUCCCAGAGAAGUUGGAGGAGCACGAGAAAGCUGUCCGGCAAUUGGAGAAAGUUUUGGCAAAGUAUCUCGUGGAUCCCGACCGCCUCCCGGCCACCCGACCACUAUGCAAACCCUCUAAGAAGGACAAAUCACAUCCUCCUAAUCAGAAAGUCGACGCAAUAGAAUACCUCACAAAUCGUAUCGAAAGUCUGGAAGGCGAGAUCCGGAUGCAAAGAGAGUCCGUCGAUAACCGUAAUCCAAUGUCGUACGGAUUCGCGAGCUACAAAACCAUUGACGAAGCCCAUGUCCUUGCUCAUGCCGCAAAAGGAAAGAAGCCAAAGGGAGCAAGACUGCGACUGUCACCUAAACCAUCAGAUCUCCUAUGGAAAAACUUGGGCAUGGGCCCUUCUCUUCGACGUUAUCGCAGAAUCAUCAACAAUCUAUGGGUCGCACUUCUCACUAUUGCCUGGAUAGUCCCUAAUGCUCUGAUCGCCGUGUUCUUGACUGAUCUAAGCAAGCUUGGCCGAGUCUGGCCAGCGUUCCAAACAGAGCUCGAAGCUCAUCAGAACGGAUGGGCCGCCGUACAGGGUGUGGCAGCUCCUGCGCUGACCUCCCUAUUCUAUUUUUUUCUUCCAACAAUCUUCAGGAGACUGUCAGCUCGCGCUGGUGAUGUCUCGAAAACCUCUCGUGAGCGUCAUGUCAUUCACAAGUUGUACGCCUUCUUCGUCUUCAACAACCUCAUCGUCUUCUCAUUUUUCUCGUCUGUCUGGGGCCUCGUCACUUUUCUCAUCAACAAGAGGAAGAAGGAGCACAUGUCUUGGAGUCAAGCUCUUGAUGAGGCUGAGCCCUUGAGGAAGAUUAUGGACACAUUCUCCACCGUCAGUCCAUUUUGGGUGAACUGGCUGCUGCAGCGCAACCUUGGAGCCGCUAUCGAUUUGUCACAGAUCGUCAACCUGGCUUGGGGAUCACUCCUACGGAAAUUUACACACCCCACGCCACGAGAACUCAUUGAAUCAACUGCUCCUCCUCCAUUCGACUACGCUUCGUACUACAACUAUUUCCUCUUUUACACGACAGUCGCUCUGUGUUUCGCGGCAUUUCAGCCAAUUGUUCUACCAGUCACCUGUCUCUAUUUCACUAUUGACUUUGUGCUGAAGAAAUACCUCUUGAUGUACGUUUUCGUCACUAAAACCGAAUCCGGGGGACAAUACUGGCGCAUCCUGUUCAAUCGCUUCAUAUUUGCGCUCCUCCUCGCCAAUGUUUUUAUUGCCCUCAUGGUUGCGGCUAAGGCAGGCGAAACCCUGGUCUGGCAAAUGUUGCCCGCUAUGGCACCACUCCCAUUCCUGAUCAUCGGCUUCAAGUUCUAUUGUCACUGGGCCUUUGACGAUCAAAUCUAUUGGUACAGCAAAGGCAAUAAGAAAGACAAAGAAUCCGCCGGGCUACCGGACAAGCCGUCCCGCGAUCGAGACCGUGUCGCUGUCCGCUUCGGUCACCCAGCGCUAUAUCGCAAACUCAUGAAGCCGAUGGUCCAUGAAAAAGCCCGACACAUGCUCACACAAAUCUAUGGUGGCCGCUUGAACUCCGACAUCAAUGACACAAAUAUCGGCGGCUAUUCGGACAGCAUGACCAUGAACCGCAUGUCUGCCGGCCGACCAGGAAAAUUGUCUGAUCAUCAUCCCUUUGAGCUUGUCAAAGAGUCUCAGUUGGACUUCGAGCAUUUCAAAGACCGCGCCGAGUUCGCACAAGAACACGGCGGUGAGGGUGAAAUGUAUGGUCGACCAACUGAUAUGAUCCGGCCUGACACGCCUGGUCGUUUAUAUUCUGGUGAUUCAUCCGCGACACAUUCGCGGAACGUUUCGGUCAACUCGCAUAUGUCUGAUAAAACUCAUACCCCUGAGCGGGUGUUGACACCGGGCGAGGAGCAAGGUACGACGUAUCCCGCAGGAUAUCACGUCACGCCCGCACUGAGAGGGGCGAGUCCCGGACCUGGAAAGAGAGGUGCGUGGGAACAAGUCGGAUUGCACGCGGGACGAAGCACGACGACGUUGAAUAGUCAGUACAGUGAGAGCUAUGAGGCUCUGAGAGGGGCGGCGCCGAUGGGUACGGCGGAGCCACACACUGCGGGAUCCGGUCAAGGCAGAUCGUCACCAUACCAGACUCUAGAUCAUGAAGGCGGAUAUGACUAUUUCAGAGGGAGACAUCGAUAGACAUGUAAGUACAAGACGGAAAAACGAGGUAAAAGCUGCAUUGCGAAGGCGUAUUGGGUUUACAUGCUACAAGCACUACGGUGAAGAGCACAAUCUCCACAACUUUGGAUAUGAUAUCAAAAGAAUAUUCACAAAGCCAUAAAUACUCGCGAGAUUGUAUGCAGCUAAACAUCAGG